AUGACAAGCCUUGCCAAACAAGGAAUGAAGAAGCGCCAGCCUAGGGUACUGGACAACAGUGUGCAGGCUCCUAUACGGGUCUGGGCAUAUGCUGGCAAUCUAUCUUCACAACGCGUCUCCCAACGAUCCGCCGUAACAGAAGCGUUUUAUGCCCGGUUUUUGGCACACUUUACAUCCGUGGGAGAAGGCAACGACAUUAAGAAUCGAAGUACCUGGCUGCAUAGUCUGCCUAUCUUGUCUGCAGAUGGUACCGACGAAGCUUUGGUAUUGGCUGUACAAGCUACGGCAUCUGCAUAUUGCGCCGCAGGAAGUGAUAAUCUCGCUCUGAGACAACACUCUUGGAAGCUGUAUGGGGAGGCGCUGAAGAAGCACGCCGGAUUGAUUUCACGGCCACCAUCUAAGCACGAAAUAACAGUGCACAUGGUAUUCACAAGCGUCCUGUUUAGCUUCUUCGAGGCUAUGCAAGCUACAAGUGCAGACGCCUACUGCUCGCACAUCUACGGCGCAGCAAGAAUGCUCCAAGUUACUAAACCAAGGCAGUGCUCAGAGGGUACGUUGUGCCAGAUAUUCUACCAUCUGCGAACGCAGCUGGCAUUCAUUCACCUCACCGGUAUUGGCAGAGGGGCGUCGGUUCAGGUGCGAAGAAUCCUAUCUGGAGUAUUGGAGUAUGUUCUGAUUCCACUAUUCCAGAGACUAAUGGACCACAUCGCAGCAUUGGCGGAAAUGCAUCCUUCUAAUCUUGCAGCCUAUGCCAUGAUGCAAGCCGAAAUUCAGUCCUUGUGGCACGAAUACAACAAUGAGGCAGCGGCCAUGGGUACCAAGAUAUUCUGGGAAGACGCAUCCCACGGAACCAUGCACUUCCGCGACGCGUUUACAGCCCUCACCGUCGCCUUCUUCAGUGCCUCUUGUAUCCUUGUCAACAUCGCAGCACCUCAACUUGGGGCGUCCUCUCUAGAUUUCAAGGAUUACUACGGAACCAUCCUGCAGACGUCGCAAUACCUGCAGGCGGAUCAAGUUGAAUGUGCAUACAUGCGCAUAGCAAUGCCUCUGCUUCUGGUGGCACUCCACUCACCGCAGUCCAGCCAACGACAGCAAGCAACAGCGCACUUUAAGCGCUGGACCAACAAAUCCAUGUCCAGCGUUAGCGCCCUCGCCCUGGAAGCCCUAUGCCAACACGGGGCCUUGAAAAGAAAAGAAAAAGGCGGGCAUAACGCCUUGAAGCCUGCAGACAGGGCUAGCUAA